AUGAAGCGGUGUUGCCGCUCACAGACGCCACAGAGACCGCUGCGCCAUUGUUGGCGGUGCAGCUGCCAAGGAAUCCGUAGGAGCUUACUUACUGUGACAGCGAGUUGGAUCAUGUGAGUGUAAAGUGCAUGUGCACAACAUCGGAAGCUGUGUCUCGCUGCAUCCUUCUGUAGGGGUCUGUCCGGAGAAAGACAGAUCGUGCACAAGUACGAGAAGCACAAACUGGCGCGACAGGUGAACGCCAUCGUUUGUGCCCGUCCCUGGUCGGACACGAUGGACAGUCCCUCUGUCUCUCCAUCCCCCGUCAUCUGUAUACAUACAGUCAGACCGCGCAAGUGGGGCAGUACAAGGCUGACCCACUCAUGCAACUGACCCGCUUGUGCGCUCUACCGAGGUGACCACUUAAUUUCUUUUUUUGACUAGCUCAAGUUACUAAGACGGUGAAACACAGUAUAUUCUCUCACUCAUUCAAUCAGUCCUUGGACGGCUGUGAGAGCCCUUGGAUGUCUCCGAAUCUUUGAUUCAUCGUUCGUCUCCACAUACGCCACUCAAAGUGAUGCGAUUUGACCACUUUAGCAGGAAGAAUCGUCGUCAGAGACAUGGAAUAGGCGUCAUCAAUAUGGUGUCCGAACGGGUACCAUCACUGCAUGCACAUCUGGAGACACGGCACUAAACUAUCUGCAUACACAGAGGCCAGAUUGGUUUCCGAAGGUCCCUCGUGAGAGGAUUGCCUCCUGAGCCCCUUCAAGAGAAUGGAUCUCGUACAACACCUCCUCCUUCAGAGCAACCACGCGGCGGCAGCUUUAGCCGCUGCUGCCUAGGGUCAACGUGCAGGAGCUCACUCAAUGCAUACAUCCAUGUCUCGGCAUCCAUUGCCAACACUCUCACUGGGGAAAAUGUUCGAGAACUCAGAUGAGUCCCUGGCAAGCGCUCAGGAUACACAGAAAGCUUUUACCCGUCGUCUUUUGCAUGAGGCUGGCCGGGCUUGGCGGCCAACGGAAGGGUAGUAGAAGGCACAUAGCGGUUUAAGCUCUUCCAUCCUGACGCGCACGGAGUUCUUCUCAUAUUACAGGCAGCAGGUCCUGGACCAUGUGCGGACACACUCACAAAAAGCAAUUUCGAUGGACUGAGACUCUCUCGUAUCUCAUGUCUGCAUCUUUCUACAGGACGAUGAUACAGAAAAGUCCAAUUUGGCUGUACAGGAGGUUCCUGCUGCAGGUAUCGCAGAAAGCACUUGCGCACCAGAGGUGAUAGGCUUGACACAGUCCAAUUUGGCCGCGAGUGUUCCGCCUCUGCUGUACAGGAAGUUCCACUUGCAGGUAUCGCAGGAAGUACUUGUGCCAGGGAUCUUACUCGCGUGCUCGUGUUGGCAAAUCUAUCCUUUGUGCAGUACCACAGGCGAUUCUUUGACCAAGUGCCGAUGUUCAGGUCCAAAUUGAAGAAAACGUGACAGUUGAUCUCUGAUCACUGAUUUCAUGUGUUGUUGUUGCAGGGAUCAGCCGGAUCAUUUCCCGUCUUUGGUUGUGAGCCAUCUCGUGUGUCGCGUCUACAUGCCAGCAGACUACAUUUGUGUCAAGGUGAACACAGACAGAAACACGAGUGCGCGCACAUGUUUCUGUCUGUCCCUUUCCAGGGCGAUUAUGGGGACGAGAUGUACUUCAUCGAGGUGAACAUUCUUCGUUGGUAUAUCCUCCAGCUCAUCACUCUCCCCUUUUGUCUUUCGUUCUGUUUUCAGGAGGGGAAAGUACUGAUCUACUCGGCAGAUGAAAGCAGCAUCCUUCACGUACGCACCCAGCACGGCAUACAAAACAGACGCCUGCAUUUUCAUUUUAAAAGCAUACCUCCAUUUAGUCACUCGGUCCUGGCGAUUUCCUCGGCGAGCUGUCAUUGAUGAGGGGACAGAUGAGGAGCUGCAGCGUACAGGUACAAAGCCGUCCUACCCGUGCUCUGUGCCCUUCUACGUGCCGUCCCUUCGAUGUCUCAGGCUGAUUCGUUCUGUCUCGUGCUCGGCCUCAAAAAGCAGCACCUAGAUCGGAUCCUGCAAGCAUUUCGAAACUUGCAUCAGAGCUACACAGUGUUGCUGGUGAACAAGCAGAAGUACACUCAGACGAUGUGCUAUUCACCAUUCUGUGCUGUGUGUUCAGACGCACGUCAAAUCAUCAUAG